CUAGUUUUCUGGUUCCUCUGUCAUAGUUGUGAAGCAGUGUUUCACCAUUGUCUAUUCUGAAGUUAUUGACGUGACAAACCCCGAGAUUCUUUUAAUCCAUCUCGUCGACAGAAGUUUUAGUAAUUGCUGUGAGGCUUCGUCUCAUUCCCAAUCGUUGUCGGAGUAGCAACACCACCUGGUGAUCAGUUAUUGAAAUAGAUACAAAAGAAAAUCAAAAAGAGAAUCGAAUAGUGAUUCCAUCGAGUUUCGAUCAUAUGAUGUUUGGAGUGUUCCUGUUGUUAUUGGCGACAAAUUUUGCAGCAAACAUGCAAAAUUCAGAUAAGGAGAGACUUUUCCGACUUAGGAGUAUUGCAGACUGGCAAGCGGUUUGGCAUGAGGAGCGCUAUCGCAGUUGUAACAAGGAUCUUCUGUUGCACAUGCAAUGGGUGUGUAACACAGACAUCUACAAGAUGGAUCAACAUUCUCUGUUUGAAAACCCACGAAAAGCUCAUAUUAUUUUUCAGGACUACACACUCACAAAGAGGCGUCGGAGAGGUAUCAGAAAAAGGGGCAUUAUGGAAGAAUGUUGUUACACCACCAGGGGCUGCUCUUGGGAGGAGUAUGCCGAGUACUGUCCAAUAAAUCGGCGUAUAAAACAUUAAAGAUGGAGAUAAUCAGCAGAAACUCUCGACUAACAUAAAAAUGGAAAUUGUACCAUUCAUGGGUUUCCAAAUAUUUCACGAAAUGUUAAUUUGUUAGAUUAGUUUUGUUUUUCAUUAAUAUUCUCAUGGUACAAAAGCUUUAACUUCCUCUUAAGAAAUAAAAAGUUAGCCCGAGAGUUACUAACUUUACUGCCUACAAAACUAAGUAUUUCUUUUUUUUAGUUUG